AUGUCUUUGAAAGACGUGUAUCAGCGCUUCCUGGCCAACCCCCAGCCCGCUGCCCUGGCCCCCGAUGCCUCCUUGAUCUAUAUCACCACCACCACCAAGCUGGACGGCGCCUCCGCGGUCCUCAGCCACCUCGCCAAACAGCAGAAGAUCGUCAAGACCAGGUCCGAGAUUGUCCUCGAUGCGAUUGAAAGUGCCAACUCCCUGUGCUUGGACAUUGAGACCACCCUGGAAUUCAACACCGGCGGCGGGGCGUAUCUUCCCUCUCUCGACGAUAACUUCCUGGCCGACCACGUCGCGACUUUCCCCACGAUCCACAUCGUUCGCUUCAAUGCUCAAAACCAGAUCCAGAAUGUCCGCAUCUACUGGGAACAGGCAUCGCUACUGAAACAGGUCGAGGUGAUCGGCUCCCGGAGUCGCGGUUGGCCCAUUCGCGAUACAAAGGACCAAAUUCGCCUGAUUAAAUCCGCCAUUGCGUCCGCCCCGACCGACAAGGGACCUGGCUCUGCCAACUUCCCCGCAUACACCGAGAGGGAGACGGAGACUGGCGAGGAGCGCAGCAAGAAGGGCUCCCCCGGCAAGAGAUACAUCAAGGAUCCUCACGCCGCUGACUCCCUGUUCGAGCUUCUCUCUCCCGGCAAGGAAGGCAAGGACCGGAGUGACCCGGUGCGUGCGCCGCGUGCUCCUGCAUCCGGUGCGCCCCCGCCCCGUGAAUACGGCGAACUCUUCGUCGAGGAUGAGAAUGCCGCCGAUGCUCCCGACGUGACGCCGUCCCGGACCAAGCCGCGCCCCAAGUCCGGUGCCAUCAGGAAGUUCCAGCCUUCCCGCCUCUUUGAUGACGAUGAGACUGUCGCCGCGGAGAAGAGCCACGAGCAGAUCGCCUACCGGGCCAACCCCAAGCGGUUCGACCACUUCGAGCUGGGAGCGGACAACAGUACCCGGGAGAUCAAGGAGAAGCCCCAGCGUCCCCAGUCGCGCCAGGCGCCUCACUGGGAUUUUGACGAUGUGACCCCCGAGAAGCCGAAGCGUCAGCCCCGUGGCGAAGAAGUCCGUCACUUUGGCUGGAGCGACGAUGAGCCGGACCUCACGUCGCCCCCGGUCAGGCCCAAGGUGGUGCAGCCCCGGCCUGACGCUGAAACCCACUUUGAAUUGGCAGAUGUCCAGGAGGACAAGGGCCCUCGCAUCAUCAGCUCCUACCAGAACAAGGGUCUGGGUCUGUACAAGAACCACCUGUUCUCCGAUUCUCCGCAGAAGGAGUCGGCCCCGCCGGCCAACAACGCCGCUAACAUGAAGGAGUUUGCGAGCCACUGGUCUGUGACGGACUCGCCACAGGACCCUCACAACGACGAGAACAGCAAGCCUGUCCCCGGUGACCGCCAGCAGGCUCUGAAGAUGAUGCAGCCCAACUGGAAGAACACCUACGACCAGUCCUCGCCUGCCAAGAUGACACCUCCCCAGCGUCGCUCCAUGCGUAAUGCCAACCAGCGCCACUGGGGAGUCGGCGAGAACUGA